UUGACGGGGCUGAUGUACUACCGACCGGAGGACCCCAUCGAGUACCUGGAGUCAUGCCUGAAGAAGGUGCGCGAGCUCGGGGGCACGGAGAAGGUGCGCUGGGACACGUUCGUGGGGCAGGAGAAGAAGUCCCUCCCCCCUCUCAACGGAGGACAGUCCAGACGGUCGCUCUUCAGAAACGUGAUGCCGGAGAGCCCCAACUUCCCGUACAGACGCUACGACAGACUGCCUCCCAUAAACCAGUUCUCCAUCGAGAGCGACUCCGACCUGUCUGAAACGGCGGAGCUCAUCGAGGAGUACGAGGUGUUCGACCCCUCCCGCCCUCGGCCCAAAGUCAUCCUCGUUAUCGGUGGUCCAGGCAGUGGUAAAGGCACUCAGAGCCUGAAGAUCGCAGAGCGCUAUGGUUUCCAGUACGUGUCUGUGGGAGAACUACUCCGAAAGAAGAUGAUCCACAACGCCACCAGCAACCGCAAGUGGAGCCUCAUCGCCAAGAUCAUCACCAAUGGAGAGCUGGCCCCUCAGGAAACCACCAUCACAGAGAUAAAGCAGAAGAUCAUGAAAAUCCCCGAGGCCAAUGGGAUCGUGAUAGACGGCUUUCCUCGAGACGUGGGGCAGGCGCUGUCCUUCGAAGACCAGAUCUGUACUCCAGACCUGGUGGUGUUCUUGGCCUGCACUAACCAUCAUCUGAAGGAGAGGCUGCAGGAGAGGCUGCAGAGGGCGGAGCAACAGGGACGCCCUGACGACAACCCCAAAGCCAUCGACCGCAGGCUCACCAACUUCAAGCAGAACACCAUCCCCCUGGUCAAGUACUUCCAGGAGCGGGGCCUCAUCGUCACUCUUGACGCGGACCGUGAUGAGGAGGAGGUCUUCUGCGACAUCAGACAAACUUUGGACAACAAACUCUUCGCUUCUUCAGAACCUGCAGCCGGUCCCAGUGAGCUGGACUUGAGUCUGCUCGGAGAGUCCAGCUCUUCAUUGGACAUGGGCUGUAAAUACGACCAGAUGGAGGAGGAGGAAGACGAGAUGUGCUACGCUGAAGGCACCACAGACAGUUAUUGCACAGAACAGAAGAAACCAAAGGUGGUCUUCCUCAUGGGAGGUCCGGGCUCAGGGAAGUCCCUUCACAGCGAGAGACUGGAGGAGAGGUUUGGGGUUCGAUGCCUGAACGUGGGAGACUUGCUGUGUAACGAGCUACAGAGCCACAGCAGCAGGGGGCGCCACCUCCGGGACGUGCUGGAGAGAGGAGAGCCACUGCCACAGGACUGUCUGGUGGAGCUCCUGAGUGAAGCGGCGGCCUCUUCGGUGCGGAUGGGGAGGAGUCUGGUGAUCAGUGGAUUUCCUCGAGACGUGAGACAGGCCCAGAGCUACGCCGACAAGAUGGGAGAGCCCAGUCUAGUGCUGCUGCUGAGCUGUUCUCCUGAGACCAUGUGUCAAAGGGGGCUCCGCUGUGGGACCCCCCGAGCCGGACUGGACCUGGACGCAGAGAGGGAGAGGGAAAAGGAGAGGGAGAGAGAGCGGAGGAGUGACCAGUUCAUCAAGGAAAGCCGAGCGGUCACACAGCACUACGAAGACAAGAGUUUGCUCCACACGAUCGAUGCCGAGCGGUCUCCAGACGAGGUGUUUGCUCAGAUCUGUCAGGCGUUGGAGAGCGUUUUCUGAACCUGAACCUUUCUUCUUCGGAUCAGACCCAGACUCUGCACAAGUCCAGGAUUCCAGCCACAAAGGAUUCUCUCAACACAAGACAACACCGCACCUUUUACAGACGUGUGCACUGGAGCGCUGUGGCACGGGUCGGCCUGGAACAGCUCGGGUUUAUCUUAAAUGGCCAACAAAAACAGAUCGAUAUUUGACUGAAGUCUUAAAGUGCUACAAGUUAGAGUAUCAUUAAAACACACUCGCCACGUUUACAUGAGAGCUUUAACUCCGAAUAAAAAUGAUUUAAUUCUGAAUAAAAAUGUAUUCUGCUUUAAAAAGACCAUGUAAACACUUAAUUCCUCAUGAAAAGUAUUAUUCGGAAUUACACUUUAUUCCGAAGUAAUCAGGUGAUUUAUUCAGAUUUUAAAGCCAAAUUAAUUUAUUCCAUCCAUCCAUUUUUUUCCCGCUUAUUCGUGGCCGGGUCGCGGGGCAGCCGUCUAAGAAGGGACUCCCAGACUUCCUUUACCACUUCCUCCAACUCGUCCAGGGGCACCUCAAGGCUUUCCCAGGACAGCUGAGUGACAUAGUCCCUCCAGCGUGUCCUGGGUCGUCCUCGAGGCCUCCGCCUGGUGGGACAUGCCCAGAACUCCUUCCGUGUGACUGAGCUCCUCACCUUAGCUCUAAGGGAGCGCCCAGCCACCCUGCGGAGGAAACUCAUUUCGGCCGCUUGUAUCCGCGAUCUCGUCCUUUUGGUCACUACCCAGAGCUCAUGACCAUAGGUGAGGGUAGGAACUCUUCACCACAACGGUUCGAUACAGCGACCACAUCAAUGCAGACGCUGCGCCGAUCCACCUGUCAAUCUCACGCUCCAUCCUCCCGUCACUCGAGAACAAGACCGCGAGAUUCUUAAACUUUGACACAGGGCUCAAGUGAAUGAAUUUACUCCUCGAUCAUGUAAACGUUUAUUCUAAUUCCGGUCGUUCAGCACAUGCUCGCUGAGUUGCCCUUCUGACGCAAUCCGUACGAUUCGGCUCCACCAGUCCUCACUUCGGACUUUCAUCCACUGCUCUUUGGAUUUGCGAGCGGGAUGCAGGAGCGGGCUGAGGUAGAUUUGUCUUCUUCCUCCCUUCUCCUCCUCCUCAGCUGACAGACGUAAAGCGUGACGAGAGAAUUCUUGAGCUGCUGCUUCAAAAGUUGCAUCAUGUUUGUGUCCGUGACGUAAUGACAAACUGAGACGACGAAAAUGACGGUAGCAGCUGAAGUGUUUGUUUUCUUCCGGUCGACGUAAAUACGUUCGUGUCCAAUCAGAAUUCUUCCCCACCCCCAGACGUUGAGCAUAUUUUAAUUCAGAACAAUUAACUCGGAAUUAAAAAACAUCAUGUAAACGUGGCCAAAUACAUCAUUAUACUUAAAGAUGCACUUGUCUCCAUGGUAAUGUUAUUGCUUUAUCUAGAAUGUUCCACAGUAUUGAUUAAACAUAUCAGCACUUCGCUACAUUACAGUUCAGAUCUGUGGAGAGUUGUUAUUGUGUUUUUGAGCAAUAGAAACACCCGUAAUGAAUAAAUGCUGGAUGGAUGCGUUUAAAGUCAUACCAUGGAACAUUCCAGGCAAAGCAACAACAUCUCCAUGGAGACAAGCAGGUGACAGAUCCUCCGCAAGAAAUGAAACGUUGAUUAUGACAUUUAAGAUUUUUGCAAAAACCUUCAUGACAUUUUCUAAAUUUGUCUCUUUUUUAGGUUUCAAAUUUGACUUUCUGGUUUAAAAUCUUAACACCACACUAGGGAAUUUUAUAACCGUUACCUAGCAACACUCCUCUAACGUAGUCUGACAAAUACAAAUAUAAAAGAAAACACCUUUAUUUAGUUCAAUUCAUGUUUAAAGGUGCAUUGUGUAACUUUUCUUGGUGGAGGCUCCGUCAAAUAUUAUUAUAAAGAUGCCAUUGCUUUGUCUGGAAUGUUCCGCAGCAUGGCUUUAAACCUUUCUAUCUCCAUGGAAACUAGACCAGACCAAGUUACCAAGUCAGAUCUGUGGAGAGGCGACCCCGCUCACAGUCAGAACGCCUGUUUUUUUAUGAAUGUUUACGUAGGUUUUCUUGGUAUUUUUGAGCGAUAAAACCACUUGUGAUUGAAUAAAUGUAAAGUAGAGCUGUUUAAAGUCACACUGUGGAACAUUCCGAGCAGAGCAAUGGCGUAACCAUGGAAACAAGCAGGGGAAGGACUCCCAGUUCUCACCAUUUCUUGUCAUUUCUUCACAAAUUGCUUCUUGAUUUGUGUAAACGUAUCAUUUAUAUUGACAAAAGUGAAUUAUGAAAAAAUAAAUUCAGUCAAAAUCCCAAAUUUGGGAAUCUUAAAACUCUGUCAUUCGCACUUUUAACUUCGCCGUAGCGUUCCAGACCGUGCCGCAGCGCCCCCGUGUGGACAGUCUCUUACUGGCUCCAGUUCUCUGCAUGCUCCUCCUCUUUUUCAAACUCAGUCAAGUCUCUGUGUCGACUCAAAUGAAGCUUCACGUUUUCUGCCUCGUGUUAAAGCGACUGUGGACUGAUCGUGGACGGUUUAUAAAUAUAUUCUGUGUACGGGCUGUUCAGAGGAUUGAUACUUUGCAGCCGAUUCGUCAACAUCGCAAAAAAACGGAGGCACCGCUCUGUCUGAGGCUCUCGUGCUCAGGUUAGACUUUAAUCUGAAGUUUGUUUUAACACAAACUGACCAGAAAAAACUAAAACAGCAGAGAUAAUUUGUGCUAUUAAACAAAACUCUCUCAAAUAACAAAUCACUUCAUCAUCAUUCUUUAUCUUGAACACCGGCUCCUGAAAUUGUGUUUAAAUCCAUUGUGUAUUUUCUCUCAGACUUCACACUUUUUUGCCUGUGUUUGCCUUGUGUCACCAUGGAAACGGCUGAACAUUUCUACAUUGACAUACAAAUCCAUACAAAUCCCCGUUAGAUUAAGGGUGAUCAAGUUUUCAGAAUCAAAAACUGGGACACUCUCGGUUUGGGUUGGCUUCUAAUAAUGAAAUUGUGAAACGAGUAAUUAGUAAUUAAGGAGAAUUGUUCUGUACUCGGCCUUUUCAUGACUAAGGCCCCGUUUACAUUCACACUGGUAUUUUUAAAAGCGGAGACAUUUCCUUUCGUUUGUUCCCAUCUUUUACACGCAAACGGUGAAUUUGUCUCUGAAAAUAUUUCUAAAAACUCAGUCAAUAUCGUUGGUCUGCGGUACAUAAAUGGGCGUUUCUUCCUCUAAACGGGGAACGCCUCCCGCCACUGUCAACACCCGGUCUAACAAAUAUGUCAAAGUCAGACUUGUUAGUAUUGAAGUAAGAGUUGUACGUUGACGUUGGCAUUGAACGUCGCAUAGUAAAGUUUAAGGUUAGGGUAGAACUACGGUUAUGUGGCCUAACGUCAAGGCUCAUGCCGCUAUCGUCAACUAAGACUACGUUCAGACUGCAGCCUGAAGUGACCCAAAUCCGAUUUUUUGGCCCCUAUGUGACCUGUAUCUGAUCUUUUAAUGACAGUCUGAACGACACAGAUCAGAUUUUUUCAAAUGUGACCCAGGACACUUGGAUAUGUGGUCCUGAAACCGAUACAUAUCUGAUCUUUUGACAUGCGACUUCAGUCUGAACGGCCAAGGCGCAUUCAUCCCACCUACACGUUAUCAACAAGCCACAAAUGCGCACAAACGUUCUUCUCUUCAUACAAAAAUUGUUAAUGAACUGAAGUGAAGCACAUCACCACUCAUCACUCUUGGCUCCGUCUCCACAUCCACACGUUUCUUUCAACGGACGUCGCUGCCGCUGCCCCACAAAACACCACGACCAAAAACCUCGUCCUUCUCCUUCUCAGUUUCCUCCUUAAAACAAGUAAGCUGUACAUGUUCUGGUUCCGGUGCUCAAUGCUCACGUCCAUGUUUGGACAACUUCCGUAAACACAGAGCACGCUCGCUGCGGUUGACGUCGUCGUGUCUCCAGUGCACAUGCAGGACACUUUUGGGCCAUUUACUGUUCACACUGGAGUCACAUACAAGUCACAUUUAAUUGGAAAUGUGAACGACCUCACAAAAACAUCGGAUUUCACACAAAAAAAAAAUCUGAAUUGAGCAUUAAGCCCUGCAGUCUGAACGUAGCCUAACUUGUUAAUUUGGUUCUUUAGACUUUUACUGAGAAAAAGCAGAAAAGCGGAAAAGUGCAAACUCUUUCUGAUUGGUUGAUUAGACGCUACAGGAACGACCAUUAGGGAGUUUCUGUGGCACGUCUGGAACGCCCAGGCUGCAGACGACACUCCUCGUUAGAGUGGAGAUUCUGGAAAACUACGGUUUCUUGUGAGAUAAAGUGAGUGAGAUAAACAUAGUUUUAGGCAGCUGACGUGUCAAAAGUGCGACCAGUGUUUACCUUUUGCUCUGAUGAUGAUGAUGAAGAAGCAUUCAGAGCAGCAGUCAUGUUUAUUCUGGCGCAAAGAUGAAUCAUAUCUAUGACCAGAGACGAAUGAGUUCUGAGGUCAGCAAUUUUACCACUUCUUUAACAGAUCUGUGGAGAGGCGAGCCCGCUCAGUAAAGCACGUUUUUCAAGGUAUUUUUGAGUAAAACUUACAACUUUAAUGAAAUAAAUGCUACAGGUUUUAAUCUAAUCCAGGCGCCGUCCAGAAACUUGGUGUAGUUAUGACAGCGCUCGAUGGCGUAUUUAUGCAUAUUGAUUUAAACGAAAACUUUUUUUGAAAACGAUGCUGUGUGCAUGAUGUUAUUUUGGAAAACGAAUGGAGGAAAAUACUCGUUUCUCAACAUACGCAGCUAUGUGUAAACGUACCCUGAGUUGUGAGUCAGUUUUGCCACAUUUUCUUUGUGUUUUGGUCAUUUUUAAGCAGCUUUUCUGCAUUUUUCUUCAACAAAUGACAAUGUACGCCUCGCUUUAUUGUUGGUGGGGCUCAAAUUGGUCAAAAAUAGGAACAUCGGGGACAUUUCUUGUAUAAAAUUGGGACAAGUCAGUGGUUUUGUAUAAAUCCGCUGGGACAGGGGACUCAAAACUGGGACUGUCUGGCGUAAACAGAGACGGUCACCCUACAUGAGCUCUCGUUGUGAUCUGACUGCAAAGUAUCAAUAAAUAUCUUCUUCUUUAAACAGAAUAUUCAGUAUGUAAUAUAUAUUCAAAUGAUUCUAUAAACGCAGCCUGUUCACUGUAUAAAUAUAUUCUAUAAACGGUCUAUGGGACUGAAGGACUGAGCCGGAGGAAACCUACAGGACAAACACGGGAUUACAGAGACAAGGCAAAGGCUUUUAUGUUCAUGGUUUAUUAAAAAGUCUAUUUUACACUAUUUUCUGAUCUGUUUUAAUGUUGUUUCCUCAUCACAAACAGACCUGGAGUUGUUUUUGUUUCACUCAGAUGUUUAACAAAACUUUUAACAUAUUAAAUCCAGCUCAAAACUGUUUUUAUUAUGCGCUUUUCUUCUUCUCUCUUAUUUUAAUUUUAUGAUGAUUAUUUAUGUUUUUAUUGUGAUUUUAAUGUUUUUCUUAUUCUGUAAAGCACUUUGAAUGACUUUGAGUAUGAAUUGUGCUAUACAAAUAAACUUGCCUUGUUUUGCUUUGCCAUAUUUAGGCUGAGUUCUUCUCUCAGACUGAAAACACUGUUCCACCUUGUGAUGUCAUGUGGUAAUAUUUGUGUUUUUAAAGUCCAUACACCUUCACUAGAAUCAUUUGGAUGAACUCUGGAUGAACUUCAGCCCUGGAAUUGCUCAUUUCUGCUAAACAAAAGAUAAAAAAGUAAAGAGUAAAGAUAAAAAUUAACUCGAAAACUACCGCUUCACGACGUCACAAGGUGGAACAUUUUCAGCUUUGGAGAUGUAGAAAAUGCAAGAAAAUCCAUAAAAACUUUAGAAAUGUAUAAACAAAAAUGACAUGUUUUUUUUUUUAAGUCUCAACUUUAAUCUCACUUUAAUCUGUUGUUGUAUUUUGUUUAUGAUGUUUUAUUUUUUAUUUUAUUUUAUUUUUUAAUAAUAAAAAACUCUUUAUUUAGACAAUGGAAUGUGAUUUUCAACCUUAAAUCAUUGUAAUUUUAUUUUAUUAUUAUUAUUAUUAUUAUUAUUAUUAUUAUUAUUAUUUAUUCUUUGUUAUUUUUUUUUAUUUUUAUUUUUUAUUAUUAUUAAGGGCAACAAAAUAUAACAUUUAACAAAAUACAAUAAACAACAUAAAAACAAAACACAAAAAAAUAAAGCAACACCCACAACAAAUACAAAACAGCAAAAAAAUACAAAAAAUAUUCUCCCGACCACACGCACCGACACAAAUUUGGUCAAAUAAAACAAAAAUAAUGUGGUAGUGCAGCAAAAACAAACCACUAGACCCCGUUACAUAGAUAUAUUUUGGCCAAUUUAUGAUUUAAAUUCAUUUUCUCUUCCUUUAUUUUUUUCUCACAUUUUUAAAUCAACAUUUUUAGUCCCUAUACUUAAACUAAUAUUGUCACCAUCAUCAUUUCCUUUUCUUUUCAUCAUCUUUUACUAUUUAUUACAAACUCAAAGCAUCUUUUUAAUGGCAUUUUCAUUUUUUUUAAAUUCCUCCCAUUUUUAAAUAAACAUUUUUAGUCACUUUACUUAAACUAAACUUCCUUUUCCUUUCAUCAUCUUUGACUGUUUAUUACAAACCCAAAGUAUAAUUUUAAACGCAAUUCCUUUUAUUUUCUUUUAUUAUUUUAUUUAUGAAUUUAUUUGAGGCAAGUGAGAGAUUUACAUUCUUAUACAAUGGAACAUACCACAUUAGUGAAAUCAUAAUAGAAAUUUUAAAAAAAUAUAUAUAUAUUGCCCAAAAAGAGUGUUUACUUUAAGUUAUAAUUUUAUAAUCUGUUUUUAAUCAUAACAAAAAACAAGUUUAAGACAAGAACACAGCCAAAAUAUGUAGGAUUUGGAUUUUUUAAUGAUGUUUUGUUGUUUUUUUUACUUAAAAUUGUAAUCUGUUAAUACGUAUGAUAUGAUUUUCUGUGUAUUUACGUGAAAACAAAACUCCAGGUGUGUUUUUGAUGAGGAAAUAUUAUAAACUAGAUCAGAAAAUAGCUCAUAAGUCAUUUAAAUGAAACUUUAUUGUGACAUAUUCAUAGAUUUCUGCAUAGUUUAUGGAUAAAUUGUCAAAACUCGACUCUAAACACCAUCGGAAUCGCCUUUGUCUUGCUUUUUUAAUCUCGUGUACUUUUCCCCAGUUGUUAAGGUUUGUUUUUUUCCAAGAGGAGGUUCAGACUGAAGUAACAGUGACAGGUUUAAAUGGUGUUCUCGCUCUCUUGUUUAAAACCUGGCUCUCUCUUUAACGCCGCAUGCCCACAGCUCUGACUCGCCGCUCCACGGACACGACUCGCAUUAUAACCACAUCUGUUCUGUUUGCGUCGUACAGGUGCUUGUUCCAGUCGGGUAUUUAAACUGUCAAUAAAAAAACAACAUUUGCAACACA